AUGGAUUACUCGCAGGCAGCCUACUUUGCGGGGGCCCAGGCGCCCUACCACCAGUUCCCCAUCAGCAUUCCUCCUCUGACGCCUUCGCAUUCCAACUCGGCCGGCUCUGAGGACUUCAACACCACAUCGCCCCCAGAUGCCUUCGAUCACUACCCCAGCGAACAAUUCCAGAACUUUGAUCAGUACGCAGCCCAGUUUAACCCACCGCCCGCCUUCCCUGGGCCUCCAACGCCGCCAAACCAACAUCCUGUCGCCCAUAAUGGCCAUUCUCAUUCGCACCGAGGCGCCAACGGCGCUGCUGCCGCCGUCGUCAAGCCAGCACAGGCCGACGGCUUGUCCCUGAGCACCAAGCCGGAACCAAUCCCGGAUCUUGAUGCUGGCAGACAAGGGUCGAACUCAGCAGAGGAAGAUGACCUCACACCCGCCCAGUCGAGGCGCAAGGCUCAGAAUCGUGCUGCUCAGCGGGCCUUCAGGGAAAGGAAAGAGCGGCAUGUCAAAGACCUAGAGGCGAAACUUGCCUCUCUGGAGGCCGCACAGCACGAGACUGCCUCGGAGAACGAAAAGCUGAAGCGCGACCUCCAGAAAAUGAGCACUGAGAACGAGAUCCUGAAGGCGACCUCCUCGAUCAGCGGUGGCCACUCGCCCGGCCACGCCGGCGCGCCCGUAACAACCGGGCCCCUGCAGUACAACCCCACCGACUUCUACACGAACGUCCUGUCUCAACACCCGAACAAGACGCCAAGCCACCGCAUCGUCACAAGCGACAGCGGCGAGAGGCUCUACGCGGCCGGCGCCACAUGGGACUAUAUCAUCAGCCAUGAACUGUACAAGAGGGGCCUGGUUGACAUCGCGGACAUCAGCAACCGGCUGAAGCACCUGGCCAAAUGUGACGGGCAGGGGCCCGUGUUUGAGGAGAAGGCCAUCCUCGAGGCCAUCGAGGAGAGUGUCGCCUCCGGAAGCGACGAGCUGCUUUGA